AUGGCUGGUGAAAUUAUUACCAUUCAAGUGGGCCAGUGUGGUAAUCAAGUUGGUAAGCAUUUCUGGUCACAACUGUGUAGAGAGCACGGCAUUGAUGUAGAUGGACAGAAUCAAGUUCCAGAUGAUCCUAAUACACCAAGAAGUGAUGACACGAACCCUUUCUUCAAGCAGAAUGAUCGUAAUAGGUAUACCCCCCGAGCCAUAAUGAUAGAUUUAGAACCCAGUGCUGUCCAAGACGUACAAAACAGUUUUCCAGAUUUCUUUGAUAGUCGAAACAUUUGGGUUUCACCUGAAGAGUCAGGCGCUGGUAAUUCUUGGUCCAAAGGAUAUGACUAUGGGUUUGCUCAACAAGAGGAAUUUUUAAACAUGAUAGACAAAGAAAUUGAUGCCACAGAAAAUUUCGAAGGAUUUCAAUUAAUUCAUUCUGUAGCAGGCGGUACAGGAUCAGGAUUAGGUUCGAAUCUCCUGGAAGCUAUUUCUGAAAGAUAUCCAAGAAAAUUUUUGGCAUCAUACUCCGUUUUCCCUAGUGAUGAAUCUGAAGUUGUCAUCCAACCUUAUAAUACAAUUCUAACGAUGAGAAGAUUAGCUGAAAAUAGUGAUGCUUCGAUUGUAUUUGAUAAUAAUGCGCUACUUAAUUUGACAACGAGAGUCUUUAGAGAUCCAUACACGAGUUACAUCCAUACGAAUCAACUCAUAUCGGCUGCUAUGUCCUCCAUAACCAAUUCGAUACGAUUCCCCAGCUACAUGUACAAUUCAUUGCCUAGCAUUUUUUCUACAUUGGUUCCUACACCUGAAUUGCAUUUUUUAACAGCAGGUUUUACACCCUUUACUUCAGAUUACGUGGUGGGCGGCAAAGAUUUUAAGAGUAAUACUGCGUACGAUGUACUAUUAGAUUUAUUUGAUGAUUCAAACCUUUUAGUUACAAGGCAAAGCGAUGGUACCAUUUACUUUAACACAUAUUGCACUUUGGUUGGUCAAGUGGAACAAAGUGAUGUUUUGAAGGCUAUUUCUAAAGCUCAACAGCGUUUAAAUUUUGCACCAUGGUCGACAUCUUCUUUACACGUUAACGUCGGCAGGAGAUCACCCUAUUUGCCGCCACAAACAAAACAUACUUAUGUCAGCGGGCUAAUGCUUUCAAAUACAAGUGCAAUCACCUCCCUUUUCAGGGGGACUUGCAAGAUGUUUGACAAAAUAUUUUCUAAAGGUGCCUUUCUAAACACUUUUAAGGACGGUAGAAUGUUUCAAAAUGGUUGGGAUGAAUUUACAGAAUCAAGAGAAGUUGUACAAAAUGUUGUAGAAGAAUACUCGGCUGCAGAACAAGAGAAUUACCUUGAUGAUGUUAUCCUUGAAGAUGAGAAUAUGGUAGGUAACCAAAGCGCCCAAUUAGACGCCGAAGGUGAUGAUAUAAUAUAA